AGCUCAGAAUGUUUCUUAUAAUUAAAAAUAGAUCUAAUACGGCUGGAUCGUAGUAAUUGCAGCUCGAAUUGGAGUAAACUAAUUUGUAGGUUUCAGUCAUUAUCAUAGGAUUAUCAUGUUUGUGUGCUGCUGAAAGAGUUACAGCUAGACGUUGCUUAAUGGCAGAAUCGGCUCCUGAAGACAAACUGUUGCAAUCAGCAGAGAAUGGGGAUCAGAAGCGUGUAUUGAAGGCCCUUGAAGCUAAUGCUGAUAUCAAAUGUAUCAAUGAAAGUAAAGAAACAGCUUUACAUUUAGCAGCAAGAAAAGGACAUCUUGAAAUAGUUGAAAUAUUACUUACUAAAGGUGCCAAUGUUACGUUCAAUUUUAAUGACAAGAACAAAUGGACUCCACUUGAUGUUGCAGUUAAAGAAGGUCAUGAAAAAAUAGCUAAACUAUUAGUUGAAAAAGGAUGCCCUGUGACAAAUACUGCAAUGAAAUUUGCUGCUCAAGCUGGUCUAAUUUCUACUAUUAAAUUUGUGAUUGAGAACAAUGAUAUUGACCUAGCUGAUUGUGUUGAUGAGGAUGAUGGACAAACACUCUUACACCAUGCAGCAGAAUAUGAACACACAGAUGUUGUUGAACUGUUACUUAAUGGAAAAAGAAGAGUCGAUGUUAACUGCAAAGACUUUUUUCGCAUAAGACCAAUUCAUUUAGCAGUUCAAAAAGGAAAUAUUACUAUUGUUCAGAUGCUAGUGGAUCAUAAUGCUGAUGUAAAUUGUAAAGAUUUGGAUGGAAUGGCACCAUUACAUCAUGGUUUUAAAACUAAAAACCAACCAGUUGUUGAACAUUUACUUUAUUAUUGUGAAGCUAAUCCUGAUAUUUGUGAUAAAGACAACAAAAGUAUCUUAUACUUUGCUAUAGACAUCAUCCAUUAUCUUCAAAAUCCAUUGAACAAGGAAGAUUCAGAAUAUGACAAAGACAAAUUAAUUAGAAUAUUUGAGAUAAUUGUAAGAAAAGCUGAUGUCAAUAUUAAAGAUAAGGAUGGAAAUACACCACUACUAUAUGCAGUUCUUGUAUGUUCCGUUAGACUAGUAACUAUACUGUUGGAGAAUAAAGCUAAUCCUAAUAUCAGGAAUAAUAAAGGACAUAUAGCUCUUCAGUAUGCUGUAAGUCAGGAAAACUUGACAAUUCUAACACUUUUACUGGAUUAUAAUGCAGAUCUAAAUGCAAGAAUGACAAAAAAAGAAGAACGUUUUAAAAAUGACCCUAUGUCAAGAGUUAAGAUGGAUGAAACAGCUCUGCACUUCAUCAUUAGACUAAAAUUUUCAAGUGACUUUUAUAAGCUCCUUUUAAACAGAGGGGCUGAUUUAAAAAUUUGUGAUGCAGAUGGAUAUACUGCUUUAUACUAUGCAGCAAUGAAUAAAGAUUAUGAUUUGGUAAUAUACUUAAAUACUAAAGGAGCUGACAUUAAAGUCAAAGAUACAAAUGGCUUAACACUAUUGCAUCAUGCUGCAAUAAUGAAUAGCGAACGCCUGACUGAAAUAGUCCUUGCAAACAAAAAACUGGAUGUUAAUAUGGCAUGCAAGAAAGGAUACUCAGCAUUGCAGUAUGCAUUAAUGAAGGAAAGAGAAGAUGAGGAAGAUGACAAAUAUUGUAGUGAUUUUGAAAAAUAUUCUAUAUGCUCAUUGCUUAUUGAGAGAGGAGCUCAAAUUAAUUGCAAGAAUGAACAGGAUGGAAUGACUCCACUGUUGUAUGCUGUAUUAAGAAAGUACACAAAAAUAGUUGAAAUCAUAAUUGAUGCUUCAAAAGAGCAAGGCAUUAAACAAAUUACUAUUCAAGCUACAAACAAGAAAAAAAUGACUGCUUUGCAUAUUGCGAUAAGUAAUAAAGAUGAAGAUAUACUAAAUUUGUUAUUAGAUAGUGAUCAUGUUUUAAAUGAACCUGAUGAGAAUGGUAUGUCUCCUUUGCACUGUGGUUCAUUUCAUGGUUUUUUACCUGAUAAUCUUCUUCAGCACAAAAAUUUUAAAAAAUGUUUGAAUUACCAAAAUGAGAAUACUGGAAAAACAGCUUUACAUUAUGCUGUUGAAUGUAACAAUAAAGAUGAAGCUGUUAUACUGCUUGAUAAAGGAGCAAAUUUAUUUCUUGAAGACAAUGAUGGUCAUAGCUCACUGUAUUAUGCCAUUAAAAACAAAUUUCAAUCAAUCAUUGAUUUAUUUUUUUAUCAUGCAUCAAAGCAUUGUGAUGAAAUUGAUGGACAUCAAAUCAGUGGAUGGCUUCCUCUUCAUUAUGCAAUUCAAUAUGACAAUUUUUCUACUUUUUGUGUGAUGGUUGAAAAGCACUUUGUACUAGAUAUGGAAAUGAAGGGCUGUUGGACUCCACUUCAUAUUGCAUCUUGUAGAGGUGUUGCUGAAGUAGUUGAUUUCAUAGUUGGUAAAAUAUCUUCAAUUGAUUAUGUCAAUAAAUUGCAGGAGUCAAAUAGCACUGCUAUGCAUUUAGCUGCUAAGAAUGGCCAUUAUGAUAUUGUGAAGCUUCUUCAUGAACAUGGUGCUGAUGCUGUUAUGAACUAUAAAGAUGCAUAUGGAAUGACUCCAUUAAAUUACAUUGUGGAAGCUCAAUCUUGGGAUUUUCUUGAUUCUCUGAAUGUUGGCAAAGAAAGUAGCCUAAGGAAUCUCUCUGAUGUACCACAUUACUCAAAAUAUGAGAGUGCUGCCAUACUGUAUGCUGCACAUAAAAAUGAGGAACAGAUUGUGAAGCGUCUCAUAUCAGUUGGAGCUAAUGUUGACAGUAAAGAUAAGUAUACUGGAAAUACACCACUACACAUUGCUGCUGAAAAUAAUUAUUUUGAAAUUGUGAAGCUAUUACUCAGUUUAAAAGCUAAUCCUAAUAGUGAAGACAAGUCAGGAGCUCGUCCAAUGAAUAUGAGUUAUAAAGCUGGUGGUAAGGAAGUAUAUAAUUUAAUCAAGUCAGCAGGUGGAGUGUUUAAUUUUGAUCAUCUGCUUUUAGAUAGUUCAGAUGUAAAUGAUGUCACCCAAAUGAAGACUUGUUUAGAAAAUGGUGCUGAAAUUGAUUAUUAUGACAAGGAUGAAAGAACUGCUUUACAUUAUGCUGUACUAAAUAACCAUUUUGAUUCGGUUCUUUUUUUGAUUGAAAAUGGAUGUAAUAUAAACUGUCAGGACAGAGGUUCAUUUACAGCAGUUCAUUAUGCAGUAAUUAAUGGGUACCACAAAAUUCUUGAGACUCUGAUUAGUAACAAUGCUGAUUUAAAUGUUAAAACUGAGUUCCAUGAAAAAACUGCACUUCAUUAUGCAGUUGAAAGUUUAGAUAUUCUUUCUUUUGAGUUACUUAUAAAUAGCCAAGCAAUUAAUGUCAAUGAAAAGGACUGGAAAAGUAUUACUCCGCUUCAUUCUGCUGCUCAGCUUGGCUGUGCUGAUAUGGUCCAAAGGUUAUUGAAUAAAAAUGCUAAUGUCAACUGCAGGGACAUGUUUGAUUUAACUCCAUUGCACUUUGUGUGUGAUUCACAAGAUGGCCGUAAGGACAUUUUACAGUUAUUAUUAGAAGCUGGAGCUGACCCUCAUUUGAAAGAGCUAAGGUUUCAGCAUACUCCUUUACACAAAGCAGCUGUUCAAGGCCAUUUUGAAAUUAUUUCAUUUUAUUUAACGAAAGCAACUAAAGCAUUGAUAAUAAAUGACAAAUGUCAGUUUAUAAAGAAACUUCCAUGGACGAAAAGCCUAAGAAUACUUUGUACUCAUUAUGAUUCUCAUGAAUAUGAGAUUAGUUGUGAGUCUCAUGAAUCAAAAACUGCUCUGCACCUUGCUGCAGAGAAUGGUCAUGCCAAAGCUGUUGAAGUUUUAUUAAAUCACAAUGCCAGCAUUGAUAUUGCUGAAAGUGAAACUUUUAAAACUGCUUUACAUCUAGCUGCUGAAAAUGGGCACAAAAGUGUUGUCAAAGUACUAGUUGAAAGAGGAGCUAAUCUACGAAAGAAGGACUAUACUAACAAGAUUCCAUUUCAUUAUGCCAUUAAGUAUCACAAAAAAGAUAAAGAACUAAUUGAGUUGCUGACUGUUGACAAUUUCAAUUUGAAAUUAUUUGAUAAUGAGGAGUAUGAGGAGAUUCAUGAUGCAGGAGUAUGUGGCAGGCUUGAUAUUGUCAAAUUAAAUGAAGCAAGCAUAAAAAAGCCUGAUGAAAGGGGCAGAACUGUAUUUCAUUAUGCUGCUGAGAAUGGUCAUUUGAAUGUUGUACAAUAUUUGCUGUCAGUUUCAGAUCCUGAAAUAGAAGACAAUUUUGGCUAUACUCCACUCUAUUUUGCAGUCAGUAAAGGUUAUCCUGAGAUAGUUUUAUGUCUAUUACAAAGUUUGAGAGUUGACAAGGAUAAAAAAUAUGGAUAUUGUAACCAAACAUUACUGCACAUUGCAGCUGAAAAAGGCUUCAAUAUAAUUGUGCAACAUUUGUUGCAUAGCGGAGCAGAGUGUAAUGCUAUUGAUGAAUAUUAUAAAAAAACACCUUUACACGUUGCAGCUGGAAAAGGUCAUGAAAGGAUUGUUCAGUUGCUUUUGGAAAAUGGAGCUAGCAUUCAUAUUAAAGAUUAUAAUUCAUUCACAUAUAAUCAAAAUAAAAAAGAUGCAACUAUUCAUUUGUCUUACACUCCUUUACAUUAUGGUGUUGAAAGUGGGAAUAUUAAAACAGUUCAGUUGUUACUUCAGAAAGGAAUUCCCCUGAGGUAUAAGGAAAGCUGGAAUAAAGCCAUCACAAAUGCUGCAUGCAAGGGGUAUGCUGAAGUUAUACAGUAUUUAAUUCAAACAGAAGAUUUUGAUAUAACGCUCAGCGAUCAAUGCACUACUCCUCUCUAUUAUGCAAUACUGUAUUGUCAAAAAGAAGUGAUCCGUCUAUUCUUAUCUUAUACUAUUAGUAUCUCAUCACUGAAUUUUGGACCCAUGCAUAUUGCUGCUGAACAUGGAUUGAUAGACAUUGCAGAGUUGCUUAGGGAACAUGAAGUAGGUGUUGAUGAUGAAGACAAAUAUGGUUUACGACCACUCCAUUACGCAUGCCGAGCAAACCAGGUAGAAAUGGUUGAUUAUUUGUUAAGAACUGGUGGUGUAAAGGAUCCUAUGAAAGUCUCAAAAGAAGGACUUUCCCCUCUUGAUGUGAUAGCACCAGAGUCAACUGCUCGCACAAAAUUACUUCAACUCUUUCGUCCUUAUGUUGACAGUCACACAGAUUACCCUAUUGAAACUUAUGCUAAGGUAUUUAUGUGUGGCUACUCUACUGCUGGUAAGAGCUCUCUCAGUCAAGCUCUCGUUGAUCGCUCCAAGAAGCCCCUUGGUUAUAAGUUUAGUCCAUUGGAAAAGGUUAAAGAUGUGACACCGUUUACUGUAGGCAUUGAUUUACACACUAUUAGCAGUCCUGAGAUUGGAAACAUUGUAUUAUAUGAUUUUGCUGGCCACACAGAGUUUUACAGUAGUCAUGCUGGCAUACUUGAGAAUCUGAUGCUACACUCACCUGGAGUAUUUGUUAUAAUAGCUGAUCUUACAAAGCCACGUAGCAAAGUGCAAAGCGAAUUAUUCUAUUGGCUUAACUUUAUCGAAAAUGCAUGUGCUAAGCUACCUAAACCUUCUCAAGUUAUAUUGGUGGGUAGUCGUGCAGACAGUUUUUCCAAGCAUGGGUUAGAAUUCAAAGCUGACAUGAAUGGUAUAGUAGAAGAGGCUGUUGUGAAGCAAAUUUUCAAAGGAUAUUGUGCUCUAGAAUGUCAUAAACCAGGUGGCAUUGGCAUUAAAGAUUUUGUAUCAAUUCUUGCCACAAGUUGUGAAGAGGUAGUCAAUCGAUCUGAUGGCAUCAGCUACUACUGUCACCUCCUUUAUUCCCUUCUCAAGGAUCUCAAUGAGAUUGCCAUUACAUUUGAAAACCUUUCAAUUAAAAUUAAAGAGAAUUCUGAAGUUACUAUCCCUGAUGAUCCAGCAUUUCUUUCUAAUACUCUAUUAACCCUCACUUUGUUUUAUGUUAGCAGUGGCAGAAAGUCUGAAGAGUUAGAUCGUCGCUGUACCAUAUGGAAAGAUGGCAUUCAUUGGAUAAGUCACAACAUAGAGGUAUUAGUCCAAAUAGCCUAA